AUGUUCGAACCGAGCUCAAAAGAUCAUGGCGAGAAGCUGCCCGAGACCGCUAACGAAGAUGCUCCUGAAAUUACUCUAGCCCAGGCACGCGGGCAAGCUCCUCCUUAUGUGUACGAUCACGGCGUCUUGAUGAACUACAAUGUUGCAGUCUCCACACAACUUUAUAUGAUCUGUGAUUCGACUGACAAGGACUGGCAAGCCGUGACUCUAUUUUUUGUAGCUACGUCCCUGAAAGUCAAUGCACUGAAUGAUGCGCUUUACCAGACCUACCAGGCCGGAGACGCACACGCUUUCGCCAUGUACGACGACUUCACGCGCAACUCUCACAAGUGCCUCCAGGAUCGUAUCGCGGCCCUCGCCCGUGUCGAAGCUCACAACGUCCCGGAUCAUGAGCACCUGUCGGGACCAAGCAUGAUGUGCUGGGCCGCACAAAACACUCCAAAGGUUAUGAUGGACGCCUCCACUCAGACUAUGGAGGACGAUGACUUCUUAACCACAUUCGGAGCCUGGUCUCACGGUUGA